AUGAGGGUUUUGAGGCUUAAGUUUCGAGGAGAAGAAAUCAGUUCGGUUGCUAAACAAACAAUUGCAUUCAACUAUUUGCUGGAAGGGCUAAAGAUGGAGGUGGAUCAAGUCGAGAGUAUCAAGAAAAUUGAGUUGCUCAAGUUACGAAGUCUAAGGAAGCUCUGUUUGGUCUUGGAUUUGGAUCAUACUCUUCUGCACACCAAGAAGCUUGCCACGCUUUCACCCGAGCAGAUAUCAGAGAUUAGUCAUUAUCGGGGUGAUGAUAUGUUUACAUGGAAGUUGCCUGGAGAGCCGAUGGUGACUAAGUUGAGGCCUUUUGUUCGACGCUUCUUGCAAGAGGCGAGUGAGAUGUUCCAGUUGUAUGUGUACACUAUGGGAUCACGCGACUACGCUUUGCAUAUUGUUGAGGAGUUUCUUGACCCUCAAGGCAUCUAUUUUGGCAAGAGGGUGAUUACGAGGGAGGAUUGUACUGUAAAGGGAGAGAAGGGGCUGGAUGUCGUGCCUGUUGAUCCGAGCAUUGUUCUUGUUUUAGAUGAUACCGAGAGGGUGUGGAAGAGGAAUUCGAAGAAUUUGAUUUUGAUUGACAGGUAUAAGUAUUUUGUGAAAGGGGGGAGAGAUGAAAGUGAGGAAGCAGGGGGUUUGAGGUUUGCGCUUAAAGGGCUUAAGAAGCUGCACUAUGUUUAUUUUGAGUGGUAUGAUCGUUGUAAGGAAGGCGAUGUGAGAGAGCUGGUGCAGAAUCAUUGGGAGGAUUUUAUCAAUGAUGAGGGGAAGCAAGAAGUUGGGACAGAGACUUGUUCAUCUGCUAUGGGAUUUUGGAAGCUUUCGAGGGUAGAGGAAGAAUGUUCAAGGGUUACUAAAAGGCAGAGGAUAUGCUAGUAUUCUGAAGUCUGAUCAACAGAGUGGAAAAUACAACUUUUUUAUUUGAAUUGCUACGAAACAGGAGAUUUAAUUUAGUGAAGAGGAUAUACACUGUUCUUUGGUUUUAUUAUGGAGAGAUGGUGUAAUUGCAGCUACUGAACGUUUUGUUGAAGUAGUAAAUGUUUUGGUUUUAAUCUUCAGGCACUUUAUAUAAGUUUGGAUGAAUUUGGUAGUAGAAAGUGUAUAAAGUCUCCGGAAUUUCAGA